UACUAAGCAGUAGUGCAUUCAGAAACUAAAUAGCUGCCUUAAUUUGUAUGAUAAUGAACUGUCAACCAUCAAAAGGAUUACGAUUUUACUGUCUAGUAUGUGACAGUCGGCCGUCAAAGACACCUCAAUUUCCAUUGAGAUGUUCUCACGUCAAAACCACAUGCAUACCAUCAUAAGUGUGCGUGGUUUCUAUUUGUCCGGCCAUGUAAUAAGACUGCAUCCAACGAAAUCCAACGCGAUUUUUUUAACAGAUUCACUAAAUAACCAAGUUGACGUUAUGUAUCAGUAAAUUCAAUGUCUUACUAUUGAUCAUCUCAGGCAGAAGAAACCUCGAAUGCACAACAAUUUUGGUUUCUCUUCAUCCGAAGGAGCAAUCGCAUAUGAUCUGAGCACAGGAUUCUUUGUUGUUUUUUGUCUUAGUUCAUGUGCAUAACUUUUUUUUUAACCUGACUUUUCUUCCCUUUGCACUAAUUUGUCCCCGAGUCUGCACACAAAGAAACGGUGAAUCCGAGGAGAAAGGAAGCGCUUGACCAGUCAAGCGUUGAGUGAGAUCGACCGAGUGGAACAGAGUGGAACUCAAAGUAAAGCUAACUCACGUCGUAACACUUUGUUCAGUACUAAAGCUAUGGGUGAGAAAAAGCUAGGGUACAUUCCAAACUAUGCCAGAUUCAUCAUGGGUGGAUCAGCUGGAAUGGGUGCAACUGUGUUUGUACAGCCACUGGAUUUAGUCAAAAACAGGAUGCAGAUGAGUGGGGUUGGUGGUGCUGCAAAAGCUCACAAAAGUAGUCUACAUGCAAUUGCCUCCAUUCUGAGACAAGAAGGAGUUUUUGGUGUCUAUAAUGGAUUAUCUGCUGGUCUGUUAAGACAAGCAACUUAUACAACAACACGACUGGGUGUGUUUACUUCACUCAUGGAAAGAUUUAAGAGUCCUGAUGGAACUCCACCCUCUUUCAUCAUGAAAUGUGCUCUAGGAAUGACAGCUGGAGCCGUGGGCUCAUUUAUUGGUACACCAGCAGAGAUAUCCCUCAUACGAAUGACUUCAGAUGGGAGGCUUCCGGUAGAACAACAGCGCAAAUACACAAGUGUGUUUAAUGCCUUGUACAGAAUAACUAAAGAGGAAGGAAUUCUGACUCUUUGGAGGGGAUGUGGGCCAACUGUUGUUCGAGCUGUUGUUGUGAAUGCAGCACAGCUGGCGACAUACUCUCAAGCUAAACAAAGCUUACUUUCCACAGCUUAUUUUAGAGAUGAUUUGCUGUGCCACUUCGUAGCCAGUAUGAUAAGUGGUUUGGCGACUACGUUAGCUUCUAUGCCUGUAGAUAUCGCCAAGACUAGGAUUCAAAAUAUGAAGAUUGUCGAUGGAAAACCUGAAUAUCGUGGAGCUCUGGACGUUUUUGUAAGAGUGAUCCGUCAGGAAGGGAUUUUCGCGUUGUGGAAAGGAUUUACACCAUACUAUUUCCGUCUUGGUCCGCACACCGUUCUAACGUUUAUCUUCCUCGAACAGUUUCAAAGGCUGGCAAAAAGCUACUAUGGUGUGUCUGGUGGCAGCGGUCUUUGAAAAUAACUCGGCUUGCCAGUGAAGAAUGAUUCUUGUACAGCUGGUGUUUUAGCUUCUGAAUGACGUGAAGGAAUAAUCUGACAGAGGAAGAAUUUACUUAUAAGUUUAAUAAUGUUAAGGCGAUGUUCAUUGCAAAUGACUGUGCAGAAUUAACUUCAAUGACGAGUAAGACUUCAAAAACCUAUAGGUACGGUGAUGGUCUCUGUCUUGGACAGUGAACUCAACUUGUGUUAUUCUGAAGAUGCAGGAUUCAAAAAGUGUGACUUGAAAACUCCAUGUCUGCAAACACUUAAUGACUGUAUGAAACUCUUCUCUGAGUAACUUAUUGAUAAAUUUUUGUGAUGUUGGUAUUAAAUUGGCUAUGUUUCAUAGCUUCAGCGAUCAUUUCUUCAAAAACAAUUGUCUUUGUAUACGAAUGUCAAUAUUUACUUAACAUCUCAGACCAAGACUUCGAUGAAACCAUGUGGUUAUAUCCUCAUUAUUUGUUUACUUCCGUCGAUUUUGUCAUUUUGUGGACAAAGGCACUCAUCAAAUUAAAAGUUAUCGUUCAUGGCUUUGAAACUCAGUAAUUAAAAGACAAAUUUCACGCAAAUGUAAUUUGGCUCAAGAAGUUGUCAGAUGAAGACGAUAACGGAUUAGAUGUGCAUGCAAAAAAAUCUGAGUGUCUCAUUUGAAUCUGGUAAACUCGAGCGAUUCUAAUCUGUUCUUGAGACACAAUUCUGUGAUCAUUUACCCAUCCUCAUUCACCCUCGUCUGCAUAAUAUAGUUGUGCUUUCGAUGCA